CCUUUGCGGAUACUCCAAAUGUAGAUGGGCUUAUGUACCACCCAAAAAUCAACCAUUGACCCCAUUCUAAAGAAUAAGCAAUCAUCAUAUGUAGAGAGAGAAAGAGGAAAGAGGAAAGACAAGGAGAGAAAAAUGGUGAGAUUAGGAACAAUCGCAGGGAUGACAUUGGGUGCAUUCCUCUUUUGGGAAUCAAUGGAUAAAGUUCAUGUUUGGAUCGCUCUUCACCAAGAUGAAAAGAGAGAACGAGAAGAGAAGGAAAGGGAGAUUAGAAGAAUGAGGGACGAACUUAUUCAACAAGCAAAGGAAAGAGAUUCUAUUGCAUGAUUGUGUGUAUUGAUUGACAUGGAGAUCUAUGUAUUUGAUAUUUUCCUUUAGUAAUCUUGUUCUGACAUUUGAUCAACCUCAUAAAGUGUUAGUUGAAUCGAUGGAAGAUUCCUGUCGAUAACAAUGUAUUGUCUUGAGCUUAAAUGCUCAUUGUAAUUUGUUUUUGAGUAUUGAUUUAUGCAUUUUUGGGCAAAGUUUAAGAUUCACUUGUCAUGAAUA